AUGUCUUCAAACCAUAUUCGACCGGCGGAAACAACUAGUAAACAGGCGAAGAAUCGGAAAAAACGUGACAAGAAACAUCUUCGAAAUCAAACAUUUCAAAAUCAAUAUCCACCAUUCGAUGAAGCGAAGACGGCAAUCAUCCACCAUAUUAACAAAGAAAAUUCCAUCUCGUUGAUCGAUUCACUUAUCGAAAAAGCGAAUCCGAGAGCCGUAGCCGUUGCAUUAGAUCGUUUUUUAGAUAAAUCAUGUACAAUCGGUGAUUUUGGCUGCGGCCUCGAUGAUCGUUUAUCAUAUCAUCGAUGUCAAUAUCGUCGACAAUUAUCUGAAUAUGCGGCGAACGACUGUCUUGCUGUCACCCAGUUGUUUCAAAUAAUUUCUCAAAGAACGACAACAGUGACUACAAGUAAUCAUGUAUCGGCAUCUGUCAUAGUGCCUUCUGCCUCUGCUUUACUUUUAGAUUCAACAUCACCUCAUCCAACGUCCUCAUCACCGUCUCCUCAUGAAACAAGAACAAUUGGCAUACAAACGAGAAAGAUUCGUCAACGCUCAUCCGGCGCAAAACUACGACACAACCAACGACGACGACAACUCAGAAAACCCGAACGCAAAUUGAAGCGUUAUCAAUUCACAAUUAAAUUACACGUUGAUUUUCGUUUUUCCUACGAUGAUAUUAUUCGCACAAUAAAAAACAUGCAUCUCCAUCAAGCAACUAUUCGGGUCAAAUAUGGUCACGUAUACAUUGGAUUCAGUAAUCAACAUUAUUACGAACACGCCGAUUCACGAAUUGAUCGCCACUUAUUCUCCAGAGAUCGAUAUCUCGACAUUUCAUUUAGGGAGGAGGACUGUUAG